AUGGCCAAUCGGCUGAGAUGUUGCAGCGGUGUAGCGCUUCUGCUCCUCCUUCUCCUCGACUGCUCGAGCUGCAUCUCCGGUGGAGGCUACAGAAAGACGUGGAAUCCAGUGGCUAGACACUCUGGGAAGUUCAAAGCUUCACUUCCUACUGGAUUAUCAAUUUCAAAGCCAGUUGUUGUGGUUGUAAAUACCUACUGGGGGAAGGAUUCACCCUUCAACUCGAAAAUACAAGUGGAUGCAGACCUCUCGGACACAUUUCACAAUGUAAAACAACACAUUUAUCACAAAACCGGGAUACCUACAAAGAUACAGACACUAUACAUUUGCAAGGAUGCAGAAAAUGAACUCAACAGUGCCACAAUAGCAAAGGAUGAGAAUAAACUUGGAGAUCAUUUAAAGGAACUGGACGUUGCAGAUGACACAAAAAAGUUGAGGAUGCACAUACUCCUCGAUCUGCCAGUUCCUGUAUAUCAGAGUGGUCAACCAGAUCCAUCAAAAAUUGGAGAGUAUACAGCAGCACUCUCUAGAUACCUCGACAUGCUCAGCGAUCAGCAAUCUGAUAUUUGGAUGCAUUGCAAAGACAACGUCGAAAAUUUUGUUAAAGAAUCGCAAAAUAUCGCUCCAAAAACUCCAACUGUGGAAAAUGAAGUGGAAGAAUCGCAUUUUGUAAUGCCAAAUAAAAAAAUUCAUCUACAAGUGCAUCAUGAUUAUCCAAAGAAUCCGUUAGAGGUUGAAAAACGGCUAGAGAUUCUACGCAAAAUGUAUCUUCCAAUAGAUGUUAUUGGAACCCUAAAGUUCAGUCUAAUGUGUAUCAUUAUAAGGGCAACGGUAAAGCACAAUGAUACCGUGGCAAACGCACUAAUGGUAGCACCACUAGUAGCUCUAUCCUGCCAAACCAGACCAGGAAAAUUCGCAUUAUAUACACUAUUCCACAUGAUACCGGCGUCAAUUAUCCCACAAGUGCUAACGGAUAUUCUACCCGCACACAUUUCAGAGAAGCUACGAGCCAAACGAGAUCUCUAG